UUACCCAUAGACACAACUUUUCAAUUAAUUGCGUUGCCGAGCAGCAGAAGUGUAAAAGUAGAAGAAAAUACAACAAUGGGAGUAAGCUUGGAAGGAGAAAAGGUGAUAUUGGUGCCAUACAUGAAAGAACAUGUUCCCAAUUACCAUCAAUGGAUGCAAGAUCCUCACCUUCUCUUUGCUACUGGCUCAGAGCCACUUACCCUUGAUCAAGAGUAUGAAAUGCAGCUCUCUUGGUCCCAAGACCCCCUCAAGCGCACUUUCAUUGUUCUGGAUAAGCAGAUGAUUGAGGGGGAAUUUGUACUUGGCCAACCCCAUAUUCAAGCUAUGGUAGGUGAUGUUAAUAUAUAUAUGAAUGAUCCUGAGGACCCUCUUUUUGCGGAGAUUGAGAUAAUGAUUGCUGAGCCUAAAAGUCGUGGCAAAGGACUAGGAAAGGAAGCAGUCAUGAUGAUGAUGGCUUUUGCUGUUGAGAAUGUUGGGAUCCAUACGUUUCGUGCCAAAAUCGGAGAGUCGAAUCAAGCAUCACUUCUUCUGUUCCGCAAAUUGGGUUUUCAAGACUCCUCGUUCAGUGAAGCUUUUAAGGAGUGGACAUUGGAGUUGCCAGUAACGAAACCCAAGAGAGAUGAGUUGCUGCAAAGCGUUGGUAAUAUGGUCACUCAUUCUUAGCCUUCAUCGCUUGAUUGGAUACAUUCUUCUAAAUGGCAGGGAAAUUGCUAAUUUUAUCUCUCUUGGUCAUGAAGACAAUAAUUCAAUGACAAGAAAGAGAUGAUUUAUUUUUAAGACACAGUGAGGAGUCAGAGCAAUUUCUCAAACAUUUGUGGAAACUAUAUGAAUUAAUUUAUCUAUUAGUGUAGCUAAAAAAUCCAGCCAGAUAACAAGGAAAUUAAAUGAGGAAUAAAUAGCUUUUACACUUUACAUAUUUGAACCUUUUUAUUGAUUUUUUAUUUUUUUAUUGUACUAGUGUUUUUGGUGAUGAAUAGGAUAUGCUAUGUGUGAAUUACAAGGAGUGCUUAUAGUAAUUCUUCUACUAAGGGUAUGUUACAGUAUUUAUUUGCUUGAAAAAAAAUCCUAUAUUAGGGCUACUGCCUCGAGGUUUGAUCUAUACUGACAGGAAAUUCAGUGUUCCAGAUGACCUAACAUAUGGUCCAAAAUGUGGAUGAGACUGGGGAAUAUCAUUUGACACUGCAUUCCCAGCUUGCCAGGCGAUGUUAAAAGUUGUUCCGUUGCUUAGCGGGCCAAGAAGAGCAGAGAUGAUCAUCUCAUCGUUCGAGUACUCUGCCGAAAGCUCUGAGACCGGGAAACUAAGAGGUUCAGGUUUCAUGCUAGGGUUGUAGCUUCUGAUUUGACUAGUAUAGGAUUUCAUAUUGCCUUUCAGAUCCUGGAAGGCAACCAGUGCUUGUGUUCCAACCAUACCGCUUCCAGUUGGGUUAAUCCCCCAUGCAAUCCAUCCUCUAGGUGUCUGGCUUGCUCUGUAUACGAUGUGAAUUGUUUCUGCCGUGGAAUUGUAGUUCCAAUGGAGAUAGGCUUCUAGAACUGGAAGGUCAGCGCAUGACUGAAAAUCCCUCUGGUCGGAAAAUUUGUAGUUUUUACAAGUUUGUGCCGAAGACACGAGAGACAAAGAAGCAAUGGUACAGACUAUCAGGAUGGUUCUUGUGAUGGCCAUGAGAGCUACUUCUUUACUGAUGUUUUUUUGAAUUUUCUGAUGGGAAAGUAUGAAAAAUCUAAUGUUUUUACUGAUGUUUAGAAAAUGGCAAAAUGCUAUUCUAUAAAGGAUUUCUUGGUUUAA